AAUGAAAUAACCUGAGAUAGCAGGUAUGCUAUCAUCAUGGACAUCGAUGACAUUCUCGCCGACAUUGACGCUCAGUCAGUUCCUCAAGACUCAGCUGAUCUCCAGCAGUUGACCCGACUGUGGGUAGCUGAGCGCUGCGCACCCGAAUUACUGCCAUACCCCACCGACCUCAUGGAGCGUAUCCUCGCCCGCAUCAGCCAGCAGAUUGAAAGCAUAGAACAAGCAACAGGCAACAUGGAUCCCAAAACAAAUUUCAAAUUGAUAGUACUCCAGACGGAACUCGAACGUUUUAAGUUCCUCGUGAGAUCUCUUCUGCGCAGCCGCAUCGCCAAACUCGACGCACAUCCGCUUCACUAUGCAACGCUCGAUAGAAAAGAGACGAUGCUGAGUCAGAAUGAAAGACAGUAUCUGCAGCAUCACCAAACACUUCUAUCUAAUCACUAUUCGACGAGCUUCCUAAGCAGCUUUCCACCAACAUUACAGAGGCUCGAUGACACGGCGGGAGGCAUCAGCAUGAUCGACAGACCCGAUGUUGACAAGGCAGUUUUUGUGAGGGUGCUUAAGAAUUGUGGGGAACUCAUUAUCCCAGGUACAGACGUCCGGGCCGAGCUCAGAAGGGGUGAUAUUUGGGUAGUACGCUGGAGUGCCGUGAGUGAGAAAGUUUUGGCAGGCGAUGCUGAGGUGAUAUGAAGCAACCUGCCACGGAAGCAACCCAAAAAAACUACACAUUUCCAAAGCCUGAUAUGUUACCACGUUCCAUGCUUCUCACAGGUCAUUGAGCGAGCAUAAAUCCAGCGAACGCAUACGCGAGCAGAUGUCCGAUCCUUUGUCUCUACGCGAAAAAGCAACAAGUUCGGCAGAGGUACGGAUUCGGGACACAUAAUAGUCACGGAGGCCCCCACAUCCAACGAAACUGUUGAUACUACCCGAGCGAACUUGCUUCAAUCUGUGCUAAAUCAUGCCAUUCUUCGAGAGCAUCAUAGCAUGAUCGUUGUGACUCUGAGGCAAUGAAUAUGGUCACACUUUGUUCUCCGACAGCAGUGAGUGCACGAUAAUGUUUGUUGGAAAGGUUAGGGAUCAUAAUAGACGAGACGACGGUGAAUUUCUUGCUUUCAAUGUCGUGAAUACAAGGUCAAAUUCACACAACAAUCCACAACACGUGAAACAGCAGGUGUCAAUUACAUCUUCGCAACGCAUGACUUAGGCUGAGAUUAACUUUUAAGUUCAGUAUGCCUCUAACAAACAUUGACAUAUGUUAAGGAGGAUGUGUACAAUUAUGGCUUGCUCGAUGGUGGAACCCAAGAUACCAGCAUUCUCUGAUUCAGGAACGAUUACGAAAAAUUCAGGCAAAGUGCGGUUAUCUUCACGAACCCAAGGUGCUUCUAUCAGAACCUAUGAGCACAAUGUACAAGCAAAAUUUAAGCAGCUUUCGUGAGGAACUCCCGAACAUAGCCUUCGUAAGUGGUCGCCUCGUACCCAGAGUACUUUUUCACGUUGGCCACACCUUCUUCAUGACGCCCGUUUGCAUAAUAUGCAUCGUUGCGAUCGCCAUUAUCAGCCUUCAGCAGGUAAUUAACAAUGAAC